AUCAAUACUAAAAAGAAUCCACGACAAAAGUUCCCUUGAGGACUAUCUUCAAGAGCCAUUACAGAGUAUACCCUGUAAUGGAACGGAACUCUUGGAUACAUGGAGGGGGAAAGAAUUCUUAAGGCGCUUCUGAAUGGUGAAACAGACGAUCUCUUUGAAGAUACCAAGAACUACCUCUCUCCAUUGCGAUCACCUCUGAAUGCCAAAAAUGGCUGCAAGUUGGGCUGCAAAAUUGCAGAAGAAUCUGUGUCAAAAUACACAUUGUUUUCAACCAAGUUUCUGAGAUGUGCUAUUGAGACCUUGAAAAAGGUCAAAACAAAAGGGAAACACCUUGAUGAAAUCACAAACUCCUUAAAUUUAGUGAGUACAUUGCUCAGUGACACAUUAGCUAUUGAGAAUGGUAAAUACCUCAAGUUUAUUCCUUCUCUGGACCAACUUGGCAAGACGAUAUAUUUGAUUAUGGUUCAGCUUAUAUCUAAGUCACAGUUUGACAAGGCUUUUUGUCAUGCUAGUGACUUGCUCAAGUUCAUUCAAGUUGUUAAAUCAUGGAAAAACUAUGACAGUGGAAAAAUGGAGAAGGAGCUCUCUUCACUUGCUACUCGAACAUCUGAUGCUUUGCUUCAAGGAGCAGGAAAGUUAGAGGAAGUGAAGGUAACUGCAACAGAAAGAGCAUCUCAUUUGUGUGUUGUUUUGGACUGGAGAAGGUUGUCAUUACUUUUCCAAGUAGAAGAGGUCACACCUUCUUCACUGAAAUCACUUGUGGAUAAAACUUUGAAAUGUGGAACAAAAUAUCAGCUUGACUGUGGGCAGAAGAAUGUCGAUUUUAAGUAUCUGACAAAUUUCUUUGAAUCUGUUUUUAACAAGCUCAUGGUGAAGUUUGGACAACUGAUCAUUGGUUGUUUAGACUCAAUCUUGUUUGUAGCUGAACUAGGAUUUCACUAUGGCAGGAGUUGCAGCAAAGCUGGAAUGUCAAUGCAAGCCUUAGAUGUUUUUGACAAACUCUUGGAAAUUUCAAGAAAUGUCAUCCAUACCAAGAAUGGACACUCAAAGCUUCAUACACCACAUCAAAUUUGUUGUUGCAUUUGUUUCAUUGGCAAGGCUACAAUUUUGUUAAACUGCUCCUCAAAUCCAACAUCAGAAACUCUUGAUUCUCUUGAAACAGUACUGUCAGAGGGAAGCAGACUACUUUCACAACUAUUAAAAUGCAAGGGUUUGUCAUCAUCAAUGUUGAAAGUUGUUUCAGAUUCCUUAGAGUAUUUCAGAGUUACUUUACAAAAUUAUUCCACCAAAGAAACAAAAAAAGCAACACCCCUCUCAUGGAGAAUUUGUCAAGAGGCAAUGCAGCUACUCAAGUUAUAUGGGACAAUUCUGUCACGUCAUUGUGAACUCAUCAAGAAUGCUCUGCGCAAAGCCAGCAGUGACAACUUGAUUUUACAGUAUACCCAACAGUUACAAAAGACCACAGCAAGACAACUGACCCUCUUGAACUUUGUAAUUUCUUCUUAUCAAGAUCAGCUGAAAAGUGAAGAGAAGGCAAAAGUUUGUGACAGGAGUUCAAGAAUUUAUAUCCUAAGAGAAUGUUUUACAGUUGCACAACAGGCAAACAAGGUUAUUCAAAAUGCUCUUGAAGAUCCUGACAUUCCUAUGUCUCCAAAUGAGCUGCGAUGGCUAGGUAGCAGUGUCUACAAUGUAGGCUGUGUGUCCUAUAAAAGUGACUGUUUUGCUGAGGGAGUGCCAUUGCUGGCUCUUGCUUGUGAUGAGUUAAAAAUCUGGAGCUUUGGGGCUGAAACAGAGGAGAAAAUUGUUCUCCAAGCUGAAGAGGUGAAGCUGCUCACAAAGUAUGCCUUACUGGUUGACUGUCAAAGAAGAGCUGGAGGAAUCAGGGAUGCACUAAAGACUGCUACAACUCUGGUCCUGAUAGCACUGAAAACAACCCCUGAUGCCCACAUCAUAAAACAGCAAGUCAAACUGUGGGCCUCAGUGAAACAUGAGCUGACAAAGAAUCUUCAGAAUGGAGAAAAACUGUUUGAAAGAUCCAGAACCCUAUGCAGUGCAUUUGCAGAGCAAGAAGAUGCAGAAGAUGUUGAAGGAAGCCAGCUUUGUUUUGUUUUACAGGAAGAGCUUGCUUGUUACAAGGCAAAAAGCUAUGACACAGCAGUAGAGCAAAUUGCAGUCAUCAAACAGAUAAUGGAGCUGUACCUUGUUCAAGAAGAUGAAUUCCACCAUGCGUCAGCUAUGUUAGAACUUGCUAUAGCUUUGCAUAGCCUAGGAGAUGUAGAGCUUGAAGAAGAGAAAUCUGCACUUGAGUACUGUCAAGAAGCUGGGGAGAUUCUAGAGCAGUUAUUGGACUCAGAAGGCUGCAAAGAUGAGGAGGGAAACUUGCAAGCAUGUCUGCUGGAUAGACUUGGUGCUGUCUAUUUAUGGCAGGCUUUGUUUGAGCACAAAGAUGCCAUGAAUGACAGAGCAACUUCAGCAAUGCAAGAGCUCAGUGACAGUUAUGAAGCCGAAGAGAUAGAAGAUAUUUGCCUGGAGCAACCAUUUAUGGCAUCACUUCAUGCAGCUUUGGAAACAUGGACAGCACUAAGAACCAAAUCACUGCAACAAGACCCCAGUGGAAAGGUUAACCUGGACCAUUUUAUUAAUCCUGAGGAGACGUAUCGUUACUUGCUUAUCACAGCAGAAAUGUUUGGGCUUUUAAAACAGCCCCUCAAAAAGGUUGGUGCUCUGUACAUGGCUGCCAGUAUAUCCCAAUCAUUUGGUACCAAAGAUAUGCUGGAUAGUGGAUUGUGUGCCCUAAGUGAUGCUGUUCACUUGUUGUGUGACAUGCUGGACUUGUCACAUGCUUCAGUUAUUCUGUCUCAUGCCACCAACCUGAUGAAUAGAUUUGAGCCAUGCAGUACAUCAUGGGUUCAAUUCUUGUUGGCCAAGAGUCACUAUUUGCUGGUGACAGGAAAGUUUUCAGAAGGAGAGGACUCUCUAAAAGAAGCAUCAGAGAGUGAAGUCUUUACACACAAGAGCUAUAAGUCACACCUGUUGAAAGCUAGAUGGCAAUCAAUUUGCUGUAAAUAUGCAAUGUUCCCACCUACAGUCCAUGAAUUUAAGAUAGUUGUUGAUCCUCUGCUUGGUUCACUGACUCCUCUGGAAUGGGCCAUAGAUGAGCUUCAUAAGCUAACACAAAUGGCUGAAGAGAUCUUUGGUUUGGAUGUAUUUUGUACUGGCAAACAGAUGCAAAAACAAGAGGAAAAUUUGUCAGAUUUGCUAUUCAAGUCAGAGGGUUCUGGCCAAAGCCUUUUUAGACUGUCUAUCCUAAAUGACUUGCUGUCAGCCCUGUUACAAGUUGGUCAGCUGUAUGCUCAUCAGGGAGCUGUGAGGGAAGCAUUGAGGCAAUUUGUGGAUGGAAUUACACUGGCAAGGCAAUUUUGCCUGCCAUACAGGACUAUGGAAUUCCUUAUCAACAUUGUACAGCUUGAAGUGAUGCAAGGCAAGACAGAAAAGAGCCAAUGUAGGGUUGAUCAGGUGCAGAGAAUCCUUCAACCAACUAUGAAAUCUGAAAGCAAGUCUAAACUCUCCGAAUGUUGUGUUCAAGAACCACUGUUCACAGAACAUCCACAAACAUGUGAAUGUGUCGGUUGCCUUGAUCCUGUAUUGCAUGUUAUCUUUGUGGAGUACUUGAUGAGUCUUUCCAACCACCUUGCACUUACCUCAAGACCUGAACAAUCAUUGCUAGCCUUGGAUGUGGCCAACUUAGUUUGUGAAACUGCUAUGUAUAAAAUAAAACAUGCUUUAAAAAGACUUGAUGCUGUUGUGUAUCCUUUGGAAACCAAUGAUGAAAGUUCAAAGGGAACAAAGAAAAGAAAAGGAGCCAAUUCUGGAAGAGGGAGAAAACAGAAGAAGGAUGCAGUGGUAACAGAAUGCUCUAUUUCACAGUCCAUGUUCAGUCAGCAUCAAGUUACUUUGCAUUGCAUGAAUGCCAAGACCUUACUUCAGAAUGGAAACCUUACAAAAGCCAAUCUUGUGUUAUCAGAAGCAAUGGUGCUAUUACACUAUUUAGAAAAUGUGAAUCAGAGCACCCCAGCUCACUUGGUGCAUCAUAAAGCCAUUUUACUCCACUUACAAGGAGUAGCAGUAUUGCUUGGAAACAGGAAUUUGGCUAGUGAAGUUUCUGUAGAUCGUAACUGGUUUUAUAAGACUCAGAUGAACACCACAUCUUGUGGAAGUACAGAAGAAAAUCCUAUUGUUGUUGUGGAUGAUGAAGAACCUGAGCUUGAAAUGCCAAGAAAGGCUUCAAAUAGAAAAACCAGGACUUCUAAAGCUGUGGAAAAAACUUCUACUUUGGAUAAUGGGAGGAAGAAAUCUUCAAGAGCAAAGGGCAGGGGAAAGAACAAAAAAGUAACAGAGGAGCAUUUAGAAUGUGAGAAAUCUGAUGCAAAUCCUGAACAAAAGCCAAAGCAACAAACUAGGAAACCAUCUAAAGCUAUUUGUUGUGAUGUGGGUGAUCAUAUCCAAGCUUCUGUCAAACAGCUCAAUCAAGCCAUCCAGUACUUCAGUGAAGCAUUUAAUCUCUGUCAAGUGUGUCCUCCUCCUGCCCUGUUCUCUGACAUCUGUCAAGGAUUAGCCUUCUGCCUUGGAAGAUCAGCACCUGAACUCACAACAUACUACUUAAACUUGUCCAUGUCUGUUACUCUUAGACAUCAAGCUGUUACCAGAACAGGAAAGAGAAUAAAGAGAUUAGCAAAGGAUUUUUCUCAACCUUUGCCAGAGAAUGAAAGAGAUCUAGUGCAGCUUGCAGAACAUCUUUCUUCCUUGUCACUUGAUGACUCUUCAACUGAUAAUACUCACCAUAAACUGGCAGCUCUGGUAAAGACUCGAAACAUCAUGAAGUUUUCUUUGUGUGCAAAUGAAAGAGGAAAACUAUGUCUAUUUACUCCAGAAGAAAUUUCCCUUUUGCAGAACAUGCCUAAAGAGUGGACUGUUUGCACUUUGGAAACCUUCACACAUCCAGUGAGCAAGGACAGAGAACUGCUGAUCAGCAGGAUGAGGGCUGGCUGUGAUCCUGCUGUGGUUAAGAUUAACACAACAUCUGGAGAGGAACAGAGCAAGGAUUGCAUUGGAGAUGAAGUUGUUAUGGAUCUUUCAAAACUGUUCCAGUCUGGUGUAUUGGAGGAGUUUGCAGAUAUAAUGAGUGACAGCAUCAAAAGUAUGAACAUUAACAACACAGCAGAGUGGUGGGCACUGAGGACAAGGCUUGACAGGAGAAUGAAGAACCUUUUGGAGAAGAUUGAAGGUUCUUGGCUUGGGAGAUGGAGAGGAGUUCUUCUUGGUCAGCCUGUCAGUCAGGAACAUCAUGAAUCAGUAGCAUCCCUAGCUAGAGAGUUGGAAGAGAAGAUAUUAGUCAUGUGUGGAUACCAACCCGAUUAUCAUUUGCUUGAGGUCCUCAUAGAUUCAUCAUUCUGCUUGUCAAGAAAAGAAACUGCUGAAGCACUGAUUGAAAUUACUGGCAUGGAUGCUACCUUACCAUCCUUUGAAAAACUACUUGAUGAAGUUGAGAACCUCACUGGCAAGCUAUUUGAAGACAGAGACAAGAAGAGCAGCAUAAACAGGUCUGGUGAUCACUCUGCUGAGAACAUUGCCCGCCAUCCCGUAAUCCUAAUUCUUGGGAAAGAAAUUCAGCAUCUUCCUUGGGAAAGUAUACCCAUGCUGUUUGACCAACCUGUGACUAGGGUCCCAUCUCUGCAGUAUCUUUUGUCCAAGUUAUCUUGUCAGAGACAGUUGCCAGAGAUUAAUCCUGAGAAAACAUUCUAUGCACUCAAUCCUCAGAAUAACCUGCCUAACACUCAGAAAAUGUUUCAGAAGUGGUUUGAAAGUGAGGAUGGAUGGCAGGGUAUCACUGGCAAUGCUCCAACACAGGAACAGUUCAGGAGUGCUUUGACUGACCAUGACCUGUUCAUAUAUUUUGGUCAUGGCACUGGGCGUGAAUUUCUCCAGGGUGAUGACAUUCAGAGGUUGGAUUGUCGAGCGGUCACUCUGCUUAUGGGUUGCAGCUCUGGAAAAUUACAGAUUGGUGGUGAGUGUGAGCCAAGAGGGAUGGCAUUAAACUAUCUUCUGGCAGGCUGCCCAGCCAUUGUUGCUAACCUGUGGGAUGUUACUGACAAAGACAUUGAUCGCUUCAGUGAAUUGCUGCUGAAACAGUGGCUUCAAUCAGGGUUGUGUUUGUCAUUACCACAAGUACUAAGCCAGUCACGACAAGCUUGUAAACUGAAAUAUCUGAUAGGAGCAUCUCCUGUACUUUAUGGCCUUCCAGCUUACACCAAAGAACAAAAUGAUUAACUAAGAUUAACAUAGAUUAGUUUUAGAAAGGAACGGCAAAGUAUUUGCCAUACUAGCAAAGUGUUGAACAAACAGUAGUGCAUACAAGGCACAGUUAUUAAUUACAUGUAAUCAAUUCACUAAUGUAUCAUCAACUGGAAACAGUUCAAGAAAAAUGUCAUCUGUAUUGUUUUUCAUUAGCUUAAAGUUUAGCUUGCAUAUUAAGGGUAUUUCUCUGAUAUCUAUAUCAAUUGUGAAAACAUAGAAAAACAUUAUUGACUGAAUUGAUGUUCCUUGUUUCCAAGCAGAUACUUGGUGAUUUUAGUAUUAAAUAUUUUUUUAAAUUCUUGUGCUCAAAUGGUGAUGAUGAUGUUGCCUCAAUAAAGUGUAAUUAUUCAUGG